AUGGGGAAGAAAGGGAGCUGGUUAUCUUCCAUUAAAAAGGCUCUGAGUCCGAGCUCGAAGGGAAAGAAAAGCCAGAAAUCUAAGAAGAAAGGGGUUGCAGAUGAAAAACCUUCAGUACCCAUAACUUCGUUUGAAGAAGUUGCUAGUGGAUCUCGUGAUUCGCCUUCACUUCCUCCACCAGAGGUGGAGGAAGUGAAACCGAUUGAAGUGGAGGAUGAGCAAACAAAACAUGCUGAUUUGGUUGCAGCUGAGGCAGAAGCAUCUGUCUCAGCUGCAACGGUUGCAGCUCAGGCGGCUGCUGAGUCGGCUCGACUUGCUGAGUUGACUCGGUAUUCGGGAAUGUCAAAGGUGGAGGUAGCGGCUAUCAGGAUUCAAACAACCUUUCGCGGGUAUUUGGCACGGAGGGCAUUACGGGCUUUAAGAGGGCUUGUUAGAUUGAAAACACUGGUCGAGGGACCAACCGCCAAUCGGCAAACCGCAAACACGCUCAAAUGCAUGCAACAUCUAUCACGAGUGCAGUGCCAGAUCAACUCUCGGAGGAUCAGGAUGUCCGAGGAGAAUCAGGCUCUUCAGAGACAAAUCCUACAGAAACAGGCGAAAGAAAUCGAGAGUUUGCAGAUGGGAGAAGAAUGGAACGAUAGCUUGCAGUCGAAAGAACAAAUCGAAGCAAAGCUACUGAGCAAGUAUGAAGCAACUAUGAGACGAGAACGGGCCAUGGCGUAUUCGUUUUCUCAUCAGCCUUGGAAGAAGUCAUCGAGGACGACAAACUUGCUGUUCAUGGACCCGACGAAUCCUCAAUGGGGUUGGAGCUGGUUAGAGCGAUACAUGGCGAGCCGGCCAUUCGAGACACGAGUCGAAAAAGAUCAUUCAUCUAUUAAAAACGGCAUCAGCAUUACCGGGACCGAAAUUGCAAAGUCUUACGCCCGUCGCCACCUCAACUCCACCCCGUCAACUCCAAAGUCGACAACAGGCGUUCCCGUGGCAUCACGGAAAUUCAAGCGCAGGCCUGGCCCAAGAGCCUUCGGGACGGGUCCAGAUGACGACGCUAGAAGCGUUUUUAGCGUACAAUCUGAGAUGAACCGAAGGCAUAGCAUUGCGGGAUCUUCCGUGAGAGACGAUGAGAGCAUGGAUAGCUCACCAUCGGUUCCUGGUUACAUGUCGCAAACGAAAUCAGCAAAGGCCAAAUCGAAGGGACAUAGUCUGUUGGGCCCGGUGGAGAACGGUGGUGAGAUCACCCCAGAAAAGGAGUUGGGCAUGAAGAAACGGCUUUCGUUUCCGGGCCCACCGGCUAGACCGAGGCGCCAUUCGGGGCCACCCAAGGUGGAAAGCAGCAUUUCUAUGGUCAUUUGAUUUGAGCAAGUUCUUCAUUAGCAGGGUGAAGAGUUCAUACAUUACAAAGGUCUAAAUAGCAAAAGUUUGCAAAAAAGAGGGGGUCAAAUUUAAUUGUUGUUGAUUUUGUGGUCAUUAAAGUUAUUUCUUUGAAAAUUGAGGGGUGUGGGUUAUAAUUCUUGUAUUUCAAUAAGAAUGAACUUCAAAAUUAAUGUUAAUUUAAGGUUUUUGUGACAUAUUACAACCA